CACCCACCGGGAAAGCUGAUGAUUUUUUGCUAAAAGAAAAAGAAAAAGAAAAAAACGCGAGUGUGGAGUGUAAAAAUCUACUGUGGCACCUUUCUCUCUCACUCACUCCGGUGACGUUGAAAACCCUAAUGGACGAUACUCAAAAAUUAUACCACACACUCUCCACCGCAACCACCACCACCACCACCGCUGAAGAUCCAAUUUUAAAAGACACUACCACUCUCUGCGAAACCCUCUUCAACAAACUCAACGCCAAGUUCCUUAAAUUCUUCACCGCUCUACCUCAGCGCGAUCACGAAGCUGAUACAUGCUCUCUUCCGCAUCUACAUUCACAAUUGUGGCCUCUUGUUGAAGAUCUUUCUCUCAUUCUUCGCUGCUCUCUCGUUGUUCUUACGCUUCCCUACUCCGACCCGAAGUUCCUCCUCAACAAGUGCCGCUUCAUUCUUCGCAUCCUCAAGUCGUUCCUCACCGUAGAUGUCACUCGACUCCAUGGAACCACCGUGUUUCGAUUUCGAAACUUCGUCUCUGAUGUUCACAUGGACCUUUCGGAUUCUUGCCGUCCUUUUCUGUGUGCUGUGCUUGAGGUAUUUGCAGAUGAAUUUUUAAGACAUCGAUCAUUGAGAAGAUAUCUUAUGACUGCUGAUUCAGCAGCUUCCAACUGUGAAAGGAUUUUUGUGUGCCAAUUCAGACAUGGUGAUAUUGUCUGUGUCCUGGAGGUGAUAUCUGCACAUUUUAUCCUGUCGCUUUCUAAUGAGAAAGCAUUUGAGAAUUUCAUCACCAGAUUAUGUUUACAUUGUGACAAAGAUUUUAGAUUUCCUGAACUUGGACUUGCACCUGCCCUGGCAUUGCUGCUUGACCCUGUUCUGCAUUCUGCACCGAAGAUGUUCCAGGCAUAUGUAAUUUCAUUGGUUUCUGAAGCCAUUGGUUCUGGCUUAUCUUCAGAGAAUUUGGCUCCAGACAUGGGCUUCUACUUAAUGGCAUUUCAGAAAUCUUUCAUCUUGUACUCUAUGCACGUGUCUAGCUUGCAAAUGGAUAAUUUUUACAUCAAAUUGAAUUGUGCCUAUAAUGCACACCUGUUUGAGAGAGGUCAUCCAACUUUUGAAUCUUAUAUCCAGGAAGGGACAAGUAACAGAUUAAAUCAAGUCGUAUCAGAAUCAAAGAAUUCAUUGGACUCUUAUCAAUGUAAAAUGUCAUCCAAAACAAAAGCCUGUCUUUUGGAAGAGUACAUUGGCUAUAUGAAUGGGAGGAAGAACAUAUUUGCUGAUUCAUGCCGGGAUAAGGCUGUCUCAAUCUUAGAUUACAUAAUCCAUCAAACUUGCUUUCAAGUUGCAGCUGGAGAUGUUAUAAAGCAAAAUACUAGUGCCGUAGAUACUUAUUUUCUUGCAUCCAUAUUGAAGUUAAUGAGUGUUUCGCUGCUACUAGCAAUUAAGUGUCUAAGUAAUAGUGGAGAUUCAAGUUGUCUGAAAACCAUGGGAAGUUCCUCUGUGCGUGAUAAAUAUGAUUUCUUGGUCAGCAUCAUCAACCCUUUUCAACAAUUUAAAUUCUGUUUACCCAUUCAGACUUCGAUGUACAAUAUGAUGAAUAGUCAGCAAUCAAAUUACAAAGUCUCAAAGUCAAUGCUUGUGUACUUUUCCGGCCUGCUAUCUUUAAGCGUUUACAAUGGCUUUCAUGUGUUAGCAAAGGGGUGUAUAUCUGUAAUUAUGGCAUUGAUGUUUAUGUUUAUUUUUGAAGACGGAGACUUAGUUGCCUUAGGGUCCUUCAGGAGUCUGCCAUUACAACCCUGCUCAUCUGAAAUUUCGUCAUAUAAGAAUGGAGAGGAGGUUGCAAAUAAACAAAGUAUCUGUAAAGUUGCAGCAGAGUUUCAUAGAAUUCAAACACGUAUUUUAAGAACGGAUUCCAUCACCCCUUGUAACUCAGUAGAGGAUGGAACAGAGGAGAUCUGUAAUGGGGAAUUGUUUCUUGAUUGCAUAUUACCCAAAAAAGUAUCCGAUUAUGCUGAACUUGCUGACUUCCUUGAGUGUACGAAGGGUAAAGAUUAUUCCAACUGGUUGAAUAACCGCCAAAAAUACAGAAAAUGGAAGUAUCAGAGAAUAAUAGAUUCAAGGAAGACUAAGAAGGAAAAAGUGUGGAAGUCUUUGAUGAGUUGGAAAAUUGGCAAGUCUGAUUCUUUGAAGCAUCAUAAAAUUCAUAAGCGUUUGAAGCGUAGGUGAUAUAAUGGGUCUGAUUCUCAAUGUGUCCCUAUGUCUGUAUAGAUUUUUGACAUAUAAGCAUUUGGUUCAAAUAUGUAUACUUUAUGGCCAGGUAGAAUGUAGAUUCGAUUUGAAAGGAGUAUAUUUUCCUUUUUGGUACAGAAGUCCAGUACAUAACACUAAUUAUUCCACUGUAAAUAUAUUAGAAGAGUCGUGGAGGAUAAGAGAUUACAUUAACAUUUUAAGUUAAUUUUGCAUGUAAAUCUAUAAAUUUGAAGAGAAAUCAGCCGCAUAUAUUUCAAAUAAACAACUAUACAAGUUUGUGCUGU